AUGGCUAUAACGUCCCUCCUCAUGCUACGGCGAACUGGGUCCAACUUGCCAGUCGAGCUGUUCCUGGACUCGGCGGAGGACUACAACCAUCAUCUUUGCGACGAGCGAUUACCGAAGUUGAACGCGAGAUGUCUCAUUAUGGACGACGUCUUCUCUAGCACACCCGACAUGCCAAAACUGGAGAAGUUCCAGUUCAAAGUGUUCUCCAUCAUCUUCUCGGAGUUCUCUGAUAUCCUGUUCCUCGACGCCGAUGCCUUUCCGAUACACAGUCCGGAUUACCUCUUUGACAAUAAUCCCUACAAAUCAUAUGGGCUCGUGACAUGGCCUGAUCUUUGGAUGCCAACGGUGUCGCCAGUGUUCUACGAUCUGGCCAAUUUGACAGCCCCGCCGCUUAAGAGCCGGCGGAGCUCAGAGAGUGGGAUUAUGAUGUACGACAAGAGCAGACAUGCCGAGAGCAUCAUUCUGGCCUCGUAUUACAACUUUUACGGUCCGCACUACUAUUAUCCCCUAUUUUCUCAGGGGGCGCACGGUGAGGGUGACAAAGAGACGUUCCUUCACUCUGCAGCAGUGCUAGGGAAGCCAUUUUACGAUGUCAAGACGCCCAUGGGCUUCCUUGGCAGGUGGAUCAAAGGGGACUUCCGAACAGCGGGGAUGAAACAAGCAGAUCCAGUCGAGGACUAUAACUUACAACUGUUGAAACGAAAUAAGGGCCAAGCCAACAAGGAAGAAAAGGAUGGCAAGAAUGAGAAGCGUGCGCGAUGGCUGUUCCUGCAUCACAAUAUAGUGAAACUCGAUCUCCGUAAGAUGGACGACCCUGUGGAUACUGUUUCCGAGUUGAACGAGAACGGCAAGCUGAUGCGGAUGUGGGGCGAUGAUAAUAAGCUUAUCGAGAUGUCGGGGUACGAUGUGGAGAAGGUCAUGUGGGAGGAGAUCAUCAAGGCGAACUGUGAGACGUCAUAUUUUGAGCAAUGUGAGAGGUUGAGGGAAUUUUAUACCAGCGUGUUUACACCGCCACCUUCGGAAUGA